GCAGCAGCAGCAGGAGCAGCAGGAGCAGCAGCGGCAGCAGCAGCAGCGCGCCCGCGGCGCCGGAUCCCCGUGGCGGCAAAACCCAGUUCUGCAGUACCUGAGGAUGGAUAAAGACUUCCGCUACUACUUCCAGCACCCGUGGUCUCGCUUAGUUGUGGCUUACUUAGUGAUCUUCUUUAACUUCUUAAUAUUUGCUGAGGACCCAGUAUCCCACAGCCAGACAGAAGCCAAUGUUAUUGUUGUUGGUAAUUGUUUCUCCUUUGUAACAAAUAAAUACCCUGAAGGAGGAGGCUGGAGAUUUUUGAAGGUGUUUCUGUGGCUCCUUGCCAUUCUCACAGGACUGAUAGCUGGGAAAUUUCUCUUCCAUCAGCGCUUGUUUGGUCAGUUGCUCCGUCUGAAAAUGUUUCGAGAGGACCAUGGGUCUUGGAUGACGAUGUUCUUCAGUACCAUCCUCUUCCUCUUCAUAUUUUCUCACAUUUAUAACCUGUUCCUCAUUAUGGCAGGGAAUAUGAGUGCAUACAUUAUAACAGACUUCAUGGGCAUCAGGAAUGAAAAUUUUAUGAAGGUAGCUGCAGUUGGGACUUGGAUGGGAGAUUUUGUCACAGCGUGGAUGGUCACAGACAUGAUGCUUCAGGAUAAACCCUACCCAGACUGGGGAAAGUCUGCCAGAGCUUUCUGGAAGAAAGGAAACAUUAGGAUCAUUUUAUUCUGGACGGUUCUGUUUACUCUGACCUCUGUAGUUGUGCUUGUCAUCACUACUGACUGGAUCAGCUGGGACAAGCUGAAUCGUGGAUUUCUGCCAAGCGAUGAGGUCUCAAGAGCCUUCUUGGCUUCUUUCAUCUUGGUGUUUGACCUUCUUAUUGUCAUGCAGGACUGGGAGUUUCCACAUUUUAUGGGUGAUGUUGAAGUGAAUCUUCCAGGCUUGCCUUCAGCACACAUGCAAUUCAAAGUACCUUAUUUCCAAAAGAUACUGAAAGAAGAAUAUCACAUACACAUAACAGGCAAAUGGUUUAACUAUGGAAUUAUCUUCCUUGUUUUAAUCUUGGAUCUGAAUAUGUGGAAGAACCAAAUAUUUUACAAACCUCAUGAAUAUGGUCAAUAUAUUGGUCCUGGGCAGAAGAUCUACACAGUGAAGGACUCAGAGAGCUUGAGAGACCUUAACAGAACUAAGUUAUCUUGGGAGUGGAGAUCCAAUAACACAAACCCACUGACGAACCGGACCUAUGCCGAAGGGGACAUGUUCUUGCACAGCAGGUUCACAGGCUCCAGCCUUGAUGUCAAAUGCCUGGCUUUUAUUCCAAGUUUGCUGGCUUUUGCUUUGUUUGGUUUCUUCAUCUGGUUCUUUGGGCGAUUUCAGAAAACUGACCAAGGCAUGGAAAAUUUAGACAAAUCAUACACAAGAAUGAAACGAAAGUCACCAUCAGAUAUGGGAAUGACACGAGAAAAUACGCAGGUGUUAGAAGAACCAUUGAAUUUUCAAGAACCACACCUAGUAUCCAUAAAAUCAGACUUAAGUGAAAUAGUUUUUAAUUCUUCUCUUCUAACUUCUGAAAACUUGAACGCACAACUGAAUGAACAAGACAGCCCUUUACAGCCAGUACCAGAAUCCUCUGUCCCUAAGAAUAAUCCUGUGACAUAGAGGAAAAUACCCAGGAAAAUCAAUUUAAAUAAGCAGUUACUCUAAGAUUUCAGUUUUACCUUUUGUAAGUUAAGAUUUACAUAGUGUUUAGAAUAAGAAACUCAACCUAUACCAAGAGGUGCUCAGCAUGCUUUUUCUAGGAAUUUUGGUUUUUAUUUGUAUUAUAGUACGUGCCUAUUGUAUAUCUAACAUUCCUUUAUAGAUUGCUUCCCAAAAUUGCACAAGCUAUUUAUUAAUACAUUACCUUAACUGUAUCAUAGUGUAUUAG